GCGAGCGAGUGAAGGCGGCCGGUUGAAGCCGCGGCUCAGGAGCCUCCUUUGGCGGCGGAGUGGAAGCGGGCAGCCGGCGUCCUCUGCCCCGGAGCAGGAGGAGAAGGAGGGCAACUUUCCCCCCGAAAUGGAAGCCCAGGCGGAAGGUCUGUUGCAAAGACAAGUAUUACAUGAAGCAGAUGAAGACAUGGUCACCGAUGUUGAUUUUACCAGUAUGAUUUCUGAGGAAGAACGAGAAGAGUUAAAAAUAGAACUUGAAAAGCUUGAGGAUGAAAUUGCAACUUUGCGUCAAGUGUUAGCAGCUAAAGAGAAGCAUCUUAUAGAAAUAAAGCAAAAGCUUGGCAUCAACAUGAUGAAUGAACUGAAACAGAACUUUAGCAAGAGCUGGCAUGAUGUGCAAACAACUACUGCGUAUAAGAGGACACAGGAGACUCUGAGUCAAGCAGGGCAAAAGGCCACAGCUGCUAUCAGCAAUGUUGGAACAGUCAUCAGUAAGAAGUUUGGGGAUAUGAGGUCUCAUUCAAUUGGUUAUUCUAUUCGCCAUUCCAUAAGUAUGCCUGCUAUGAGGAAUUCUCCUACAUUCAAGUCCUUUGAAGAGAAGGUUGAGACCACUGUGACAAGCCUUAAGACCAAAGUUGGGGGAGCAAGUCAUCCUGGAGGAAGUUUUGAGGAGGUCCUCAAUUCUGCUGCCCAGGCCAGCGCCCAGAGUUCGGUUGUUGGCACUCGACUCCCAGAGACAGAAGAGGAGCUCCAGUGCUAGGCUGAAGGGGUACCUCUGGUUCUUUGUUUCAUGGCCUAGGUUCCAUUGGCUCACAAAACCCGUUUAUUUUCUCCACAAGGUUAAGAUGUAGGCAUUUUGUCAUACGGAGAAGGAACGUGCCAGUUCCUGAAGAUCUCUUAUGAUUAAUGCCAGCUGGAAAAUUGGAGAAAUGACUGCUAAUUGCCUUUCUCCAGUUGACCCUAGAGUGAGUGUGUGUGGCAGGGGAGCAUAUGCCUACGUUUGUGACUUCAUGGAGAAAUUAGAUGGCUCUUCUAUAUCUAAACAAGAUCAAUCUUGUUUUCAUAAAUGCUUUUUCACAUUCAACUUCUUACAAGACAAAGUGGUGUUUCAUUUUUGAAAAUGGCUUCUGCCACUUCUACCGGUGUUACCCAUGCAUGCAUAUUUAAUUCCUUUUUUGAGUAUUCAAUUUUUCAAAUUGUAUGGCUUAUCUUAAAAUAGGUGAACAAAUUUGUUCUUGAUUCCUUUCAUUUCUGCACAAACACUUGUUUUGGUCUUCUGCUUUAUUUAAAGGUCAGUCUGUUUUUAUGAGGCAUGCCAUUGUGUCCUGAGGCAUCAGUCUACAAUCUACAGCCUCUCUUUGACUUGAUGAAUGGUUUGCUUAAUAAUUGUUUUGAGGCACAACAAAAACACUUGGACUAAUAAACUAUUUGCAUUUUCUCUCUGGAA